CAGAAAAAAACUUAAACAGAAAAAUGAAAUAAGACAAUGGUGGACAAAUUUAUCGUCAUGACGAGGCAUAGCAUUGCUAGACCGAUGGAUAGCCGCAUACUUAGUGUUGACUAAAUUGAAGACAUUUGUCAUUAAGCAGACGAAACCAUUUCUCGUAUAUCAAACUCGAAGUUGAAGUGGGAAGUGCCAGAAUAAUCAGGAACAUGGACAGGAUCUCUACAGAGAAAGGGAGACUAGAUGACAAGGGGAGUAGAAGGAUGUCUGUUCUUUUAUCGAGAUAUCUGGACCGGGAAUUUCACCUUGCACAAAAUGUAGUGAACUUCAAGAGGAAAAGUCUGCUCGCGACUGAAUGGUUGUCAAAUGAUGACAAUAGUAAUAUGCAUCAGUUUCAUACUGGGAGUCGCUCGGAGGGCGUCAGCAUGCUCAAUUCUGAUAUUGAUAUAAUGUAUAUAGAUAGACUUGUAACAGUAUUGUACCCUGACCAGCCUAUAACCCAAAACAACCAACACAAGACAAUUCUGCAUAUAAGAGGGGUGGACAAUUGCCGACCUGGUUUUGUAGCUCUUGAGUUGUGUCGCGGAGGAAAGAAAUGUCGACGAACACUAUUGUACUCACUAGUAGAAGUUGGCGGUAAAGUAUUUGUCUCAAGUGAUAUGUUCAGAGAACGAAACCGCAUGCAACUAAAAGUAGGAAAGGUGCUAAGCAGGUCCAAUGGUCCAAGUAACACACUCGAUAUUUUGUCAGGUAUUGACACCGUCGUUUGCUUCCCGUGUGAUAAUUGGCCCAGAGAAGCCGAUGAUUGGAUAUCUCGCACACGUCUUCAUGGUUGGCCAAGUGAAAACUUGAUUAGCAAAAUUCGGCAAAAAGGCUGUCACCUUGUCCCAAUAGGAGACAAAUGCUACGAGAACACGGGUUUACAGUGGCGGCUCACAUUUGUAACUGCGGAGCGACGUUUGGUCCAUUCACUUAGUCACAUCCAAUUCCAAGUGUACAUCCUGCUGAAAUAUUUCUUAAAACAGAUACAAGGAACAUUGAAGGACACCAUUGGUGAUGCAGAUAUACUGUGCUCAUAUUUUAUGAAAACUCUGAUAUUUUUCGCAGUCGAAAACUCCCGCCAUCUGUUCUGGCAGGAGAGGAACUUGUUUUACUGUUUCUGGUUUUGCUUCAAUAUACUGAUCGAGUGGGUAUUGGUAGGGUACUGUCCAAACUAUUUCAUCCCUACCAACAACAUGUUCCAAAGGAAAGUCCACGGGCAACACCAACAAAAGCUAUUGGAAAUUCUAAACAAAUAUCACAGGAUGAAAUGGAUGUGUCUCUCAGUUGGGAAGUACUUUCCUCCCAUUGCAAACAGUUUGUUCAAUGCCAAGACACAAGCAGAACUUCAGUUUUCAAAUGUUACACAGGAAAUCGACUUUAAUAUGGAUAUCGCAGUCAGGAGCAGUUGCAGGAAAGGUACUAUUGAUACUCGGAAUCCAUUGAAAACGAUGGCGAAGGCGCUACAUUUAAUGUCGAAAUCACAAACACAAUGUGACGAGGUCAGGUCAUACUGUUGUGCCAUGGAAAUGCUGUCCCAAAUAGCAGGCAACCGCGUUAAUCAAGGAAACGCAGAACCAGUCACAGGCAACAAAUCAAGGUAUACAAAUAUUAGAAAAUGCAAACGUUGGAUGAUUCCGUGGGCAUCACUCGGAACUAAUAUGCUGUAUCUUGCUACUUUUUACUUCCUGUUAGGAGACUUCAGAAAAUCACUGCAGAUGUGCGAAGAAGUGGCGAAGCUUGCGUCUUGUUUCAAGAAUAAUGUGAUACAUAGAUCACAAGAAGAAAAGGCAAGAUAUGUUCAGAAAUACUCUGGACAUGGACACACCUUACUAUCUAGGUGUAAGAAAGAAUUCAUCGACAUCUUAAUGUUUUCAAAAGAAGAACCUUGGCUAUGUCUUCCCCAGCUUCAUUCAGAACUAUCGAAUUGCACACAUCACAUACAUAUCCCGCCCCUUCCUUAUGCCCUGUUUCUGUCAUUUCUGUGCCGGCAUGAACUUGGAGACACCAGAAGGCGUGAUGCUGCACUAGCCGACCUCAUAGUGGUCAAGUAUGAUCGCGAGCAAGGUGGACAUCGGAAUAGGAUGUUAAUAACAUUUCUGGAAAUAUGUUACCAAACUAUAGGAGACACUCGCAGGGCAGCCAGGGCCUACCAGGACUCGCAAGACGCUUUGGCUGCUGGUAACUUUCCGUAGAUGUGAAAGCUGAACUUGUACCAAUUUGCGAGGAUGGUUAUGUGUGCUUAAUUUAGAUAAGAAGUGAUAGGUAUUAUUUCAGUAAAAAAAAAAAAAAUAUAUAUAUAAUUAAGGAGAUAUCUAUAAAACAAUAUAAUGUGUUAGGCCUACGAUGACUUUCUUGUGACCAGGAGCCGUUCAGCACAAAAUUCCCAGUGUAAAAUUUUAAUGUUUCAACGUGUGAUAUGAGUAGUAACUUCUGUCAAUGUUUCAGAGGACACUGACAAUCAGAAAACGCUAGGUCCGUUUAAUUGUUUUUUCCCCCAUUGAUUCUAUUUCAUUAGCUCUGUCGACAUUUUGAUUUGUUUUCUGUUGUAUUCCAAAAAAGCAUAAUGCCAAGCGUACAAUGAAACUGCUGGUUGAUUAUUUACCAUGUUAUAGAGGUACUACGCAAAAUAAAACACAGACCCACUUGUAUGACGAAUAAUCAAGUACCCAAUCCGCCUUGAAAUAGCAGGAGAUAAACCUCAUCUUUGUUUCCCAAAGUGAUUCAAUUAAAGCACUUAAUGAUUGCUUGCAGACCAAAUAUUGAGAUGUGCAGAUGGGUGUUACUAUAACUCCUUAGUGACUGUUGUGAUGAAUGAUAGCAAAUAGAGAGCACCCAUACACAUUGAGUACAUACUCGACACGAUCAUACUGUCAGCUAUUCAUAAUACAGUAAAACUUAACAAAUCCCACCUGAUCAGAGGGUUAAGUUCUUUAUAUAAGAAAUUCGUUAUGGGAUCAAACAAUAUGAACGUGCAAGUUUGGGCCAAAUUUUGUGAUUUUGAUUUACUUCGUAAAAAUCCGAAAUUUGAAUUACUAAAUAGUAAGACUGUCUAACGUUUUCCUUACUGUAUUACUGUAUAACAAACCGUUGUUACGUUUUCCUUACUGUAUUACUGUAUAACAAACCGUUGUUACUUGAUUUCUUUACUGUAUUACUAUAUACCACACUGGUAUUACUUGAUUUCUUUACUGUAUUACUGUAUAACUCACAUGUGUAACUUGAUUUCUUUACUGUAUAACUCACAAGUGUAACUUGAUUUCUUUACUGUAAUCUGUAUAUCACACAUGUGUAACUUGAUUUCUUUACUGUAUUACUGUAUAACACACUGGUAUAACUUGAUUUCUUUACUGUAUUACUGUAUAACACAACAGUAUAACUUGAUUUCUUUACUGUAUUACUGUAUAACACACUGUUAUAACUUGAUUUCUUUACUGUAUCACUGUAUAACACACUGUUAUAACUUGAUUUCUUUACUGUAUCACUGUAUAACACACUGUUAUAACUUGAUUUCCUUACUUUAUUACUGUAUAACACACUGUUAUAACUUGAUUUCUUUACUGUAUUACUGUAUAACACACUGUUAUAACUUGAUUUCUUUACUGUAUUACUGUAUAACACACUGUUAUAACUUGAUUUCUUUACUGUAUCACUGUAUAACACAACAGUAUAACUUGAUUUCCUUACUUUAUUACUGUAUAACACACUGUUAUAACUUGAUUUUUUUACUUUAUUACUGUAUAACACACUGUUAUAACUUGAUUUCUUUACUGUAUCACUGUAUAACACACUGUUAUAACUUGAUUUCUUUACUGUAUUACUGUAUAACACACUGUUAUAACUUGAUUUCUUUACUGUAUCACUGUAUAACACAACAGUAUAACUUGAUUUCUUUACUGUAUAACUGUAUAACACACUGUUAUAACUUGAUUUCUUUACUGUAUUACUGUAUAACACACUGUUAUAACUUGAUUUCUUUACUGUAUUACUGUAUAACACACUGGUAUAACUUGAUUUCUUUACUGUAUUACUGUAUAACACAACAGUAUAAAUUGAUUUCUUUACUGUAUUACUGUAUAACACACUGUUAUAACUUGAUUUCUUUACUGUAUUACUGUAUAACACACUGUUAUAACUUGAUUUCCUUACUUUAUUACUGUAUAACACACUGGUGUAGCUUUAUGUCAAUACACAGAUGAGUUGUAAAGCUAAAGUAAUGCAAUACAAAAUCUUUAAAGUGUGAAACCCUGGUGUGAUUUUUGCGCUGUAGUGGAGAAAGUUAGUCUUUAUAGCUCGACAGAAUGAUAAAUUGUGCUGAGCCAUAAUGUAUUGAUUGAAACUCGAAGAAAAAAUAAAGCCUUAUAGAGAA